AUGAAAAGGGAAAAACGCAUCCAUGGGGCGGUGGAGGACGACGAGAAACCGGUCUUGGUCAACGGGACGUGCGGCGAUCCUGAUGAGGACGAAAAAGGCUCCAUUUUGGAAGGCCCGAGGAAGAGGAAGUCUGCAGACGACACAGACCAGGAAAAAGUACCCGCCAAACCCAAAGGGCAGCGCAAGGAUGAAGUCCACACCAAGGGAGCCGCGUCUGGGGCCCCGGGGGCCAAGGAAGGGCAAGAGGUACGAACCCGCGGAACUGCCGGUUGGGAGAACAGCUUGCGACAGAGACCCCCGCCCCGGAUAGUCUUCCAGGCAGGGCCGGCCUCACAGGAGAAGAAACCCAAAGAUGACGUGGAGAGCGUGCAAGGCUUCAAGGAGAGGCACAAAAUCCGGUAUUCCAAGCGGCUGUCUGAGGCUACCGAGACUGUCUUUGUGGACAGCGAUUCCUCUGACUCCUUCCGGAGUGGCAUCACCGUCCCCAAUGGGUGUUCUCCGGCCUACUCAGGAACCUUGAGGAGCUUCGAGGAAUACCAGGAUGGGAAGGAUUUUAGAAUCGGGGAGCUCAUCUGGGGCAAAAUCAAAGGCUUCUCUUGGUGGCCGGCCAUUGUAGUGUCUUGGAGAGCCACCGGCAAGCGCCAGGCUGCUCCCGGGAUGCGCUGGGUGAAGUGGUUCGGGGACGGAAAGUUUUCUGAGGUCUCAGCAGACAAACUGGUUGGACUGGUGGCCUUCUCAGAGCAUUUCAACAGCACCACCUUCCAUAAGCUCGUAUCCUACCGGCAAGCCAUCCUGCACGUUUUGGAGGUGGCGAGCAGCCGAGCGGGGAAGACUUUCUCGAGCGCCGCAGGGGAUUCCCUGGAAGAGAAGCUGAAGCCGAUGGUGGAUUGGGCCCUCAACGGCUUUAAGCCCACCGGAGGCAAAGGGCUGAAGCCACCCAAGACCUCAGAGAACGGAGCCAUCCACAGGAGCGCCGUGGAAGAGGCUGCCCCCCGGGAGCCUGCGCCCCCCGCCAAGCGUCUGAAGACCACCGUUUGCAACGGCAGCAAAGAGCCCGUCGAGGAGCGCCAGAGCCGAGAGCGGAUGGUCUCUGCAGUCAGGAGCCUCAACAAGAGCCUGGAAGACAGCUGCUUGUCGUGUGGGAAGAAAAACACUGUGACCUUCCACCCGUUGUUCGAAGGAGGUCUCUGCCGGACCUGCCAGGAUCGGUUCCUGGAGCUUUUCUACAUGUACGACGAGGACGGGUACCAGACCUACUGUGCCAUCUGCUGCGAAGGGAGUGAGCUGCUGUUGUGUAGCAAUGCCAGUUGCUUUCGGUGCUUCUGUGUGGAUUGCCUGGAAGCCCUGGUGGGGCCGGGCUCCUCCGCCGCGGCCAAGGAGCAGGAGCCCUGGAGCUGCUACAUGUGCCAACCGCAGAAGAGGCACGGCGUCCUGCAGCGGCGACACGACUGGAACAUGCGCCUGAACGAAUUCUUCACCAGCGACCAGGAGCAGGAAUACGAGCCACCCAAAAUCUACCCGGCCAUUCCGGCGGCCAAGAGGAGGCCGAUCAGGGUGCUGUCUCUCUUCGACGGCAUCGCAACGGGUUAUCUGGUGCUGCGGGACCUGGGCAUUAAAGUAGAGAAAUACAUUGCCUCCGAGAUCUGCGAAGAGUCCAUAGCGGUGGGGACCGUGCGGCACGAAGGGAACAUCAAAUACGUCCAUGACGUCCGGAACAUCACCAAGAGAAACAUCGAGGAGUGGGGCCCGUUCGACUUGGUGAUUGGCGGGAGUCCCUGCAACGACCUGUCUAUUGUGAACCCCGCUCGGAAGGGCUUGUACGAGGGGACCGGGCGGCUGUUCUUCGAAUUCUACCACCUUCUCAAUUAUGCCCAGCCCAAGGCUGGGGAGGAACGCCCUUUCUUCUGGAUGUUCGAGAACGUCGUGGCGAUGCGAGUGAACGACAAGAGAGACAUCUCUCGUUUUUUGGAGUGCAACCCAGUGAUGAUCGACGCCAUCAAGGUCUCGGCGGCUCACAGAGCACGAUACUUCUGGGGGAACCUGCCUGGGAUGAACCGGCCGCUGGUGGCAUCCAAGAUGGAUAAACUUGAACUUCAGGACUGCUUAGAGUACAGCAGGACGGCCAAGUUGAAAAAGGUCCAGACCAUCACCACAAAGUCCAAUUCGAUACGGCAGGGAAAAGCCCAGGCGUUCCCGGUGCGCAUGAACGGCAAAGACGACAAUUUGUGGUGUACUGAACUAGAAAGGAUUUUUGGCUUUCCUCUCCACUACACAGACUUGCACAACAUGGGCCGUGGAGCUCGUCAGAAGCUGCUCGGCAGGUCGUGGAGCGUCCCGGUCAUCCGCCACCUCUUUGCUCCGCUCAAGGAUUAUUUUGCUUGUGACUAG